AUGCCUUCAGGAUCUUGCUUUUGUCAGAAACUCAAAUAUGAGUUUACGGGAGAGCCCGAGGGAGUGGCCAUUUGCCACUGUUUAUCAUGUCAAAAAAUCAGCGGUAGCACCAACACCCUCAACCUAAUCAUUCCCGUUGAUCGGGUUCACUUCACAGUCGGCUCGCCCAAAACUUGCACCGAGUCUCACGAGAUUGGUAUGAAAAUCACUCUUCAUUUCUGUGGCAACUGCGGAGGUGUUUUGUACAAGACUGCCGACCUCGAUAUGUUCGCCGGAAAGGCUGUUGUUCAAAUCGGGACACUUGACGACGCCACUGCCAUCAAACAAGCCAAGCCAGAUAUGGAACUCUGGACGAAAUAUCGUGCUCCAUGGCUGCCCAGCCUGGAAGGCGUUGUUCAAAAAACCGAAUUCUAA